CGCUUUCAAUACAGAUAAACGAGUGUAAAAUUUCCUUAACUAUCUCACUUAUAAUUUUUGAUCGCUUAGAAGAACGAAAUUAAUAUGGUCGGACUCAAAACACUAAUUGUUUUUGUGAACGCUUUGGCGUUUACUGUAGCACUUCCAAAUAUUAUAGAUACGCUAACAGCAAACAAUGCUUCAACUUUAGUAGGUCUUAUUGAUCAAGCAGGUCUUACAGACACACUUAAAACUAAAGGACCAUUCACAAUCUUUGCACCAACGAACGCUGCGAUUGCCAAAGUACCUGCUGCAGAUCUCCAAGCAUUAGGUAGCGAUGUAGAUGCAUUGAAAAACGUUUUGUUAUACCAUGUCGUCAAUGGAGAAAUCUUCAGCUGGGAUUUAAGAACAGGCGAGCGUCUUAAAAGUCUUAACAACCACACCAUUAGAAUAUACAGCAGCGCCGGGAAGCACUACUUUAACCAGGCACUGGCUGUAGUAGAGGAGAUCCAAGCGUCCAAUGGUGUUAUCUAUCUUAUUGACGAGGUACUUAAUGUGCCCGAGGGAACUAUUUGGGACAUUCUGAACAACCCUGACUACAACCUGACACAGUUUGCUAAUGUUGCUCAACACGCUCGUCUUGACUCAUUAUUCAAAACAAUUUCUAGUACUAAACGUUACACUGUGUUUGCACCCAUGAAUUCUGCUUUUGAGAGUUUGCCUAAACAGCUUCUGAACACCAUUGCAUCAAGUACUACCUACGGAAGAUAUGUCAUUGAUUAUCACAUUCAUGACGGUACACUUCAUGCUGCAAGCUUGUCUAAAGAUGGUACUGUGUCGACGUUACAUACCGGACACACGAUCACUCUCACUCAUGAUGCAAACACUGGUGAACCUCUCCUGAACAAACUAGCCCAUGUUGUUAUACAGGACAUUGAAGCUGAAAAUGGCGUUGUGCACGUGAUUUCGCACGUGCUUAUCCCAUCAACACUCGCGGGAAUCGUUGGUUAAUUUGAUUUAUUUUGUAUAACAAGUUUUCACCCGCAGGAAACAUAAAUAAAUUGUUACAAAGUUA